CAUAUAAUAGUUGUCACAGGCACGAUCAGACACAGUAACUCCUUAGUAAUUAAAAAAAUCUUCUACCAGCUGUUGACACUGCCAUUACUUUUACCCUAAGAUGUCAGUAUCAGGCCCAGUUGUCUACAACAUUGACAGUUGGAUAGAUGAAAAUAAACAAUAUUUUCUUCCUCCUGUCUGCAACAAAAUGAUGUGCGUCAACUACUUUAGUUUUAGAAUUAAAUAAUAAUAAAUUUGUAUAGUUAAUAAAGUCAAAAGGCUAUUGGGACCCGGGUAUCAGAAGGGAGAGGUUGGGAUUUUAAAAUAUACCAAUUAUUAAAAAUAUUAGUGUAGGUUUUGUAAGACUAAUAUUGGUAUCAAAUGAAAGAUGAUGGAAUGGACUAUGACUAUAUAUAUAUAUAUAUAUAUAUAUAAUAUAUAUAUAGGCCCUAUAUAUAGCCUAUGUCCUGUGUUUGUCAACUUACUUCUUCAGUUUAACUAAAAUAAACUGCCACAAAUGGCAUCCGAAUAGCAUUUGUGGUAGUUCAUUUUAUUUAGUUCAACUGAAGAAGUAAGUUUAAAAAUAUAUAUAAUAGGCCUAUACAAUUAUCUUUCAUUUGAUACCAAAUUUUGUUUUACAAACCCUAAACUAAUAUUUUAAAUAUUUCUGAUACCCGGGUCCAAAUAGUUGAAAUAGCCACAGCCUAAUAAAAUAGCUGAGCUAGCUAUGUUAUAACUUAAAACCGAUAGCCUGAGGCAUUCUGCCCAUACUUGUAUCUACUACUUAGAGUACUAGUAUGUACUCUUGUUCUAGGCAUAGGCUAUGUUGAGUAGUUCAGGGGUCUGCAACCUUAAUCGGCUAAGAAAAUAUAAUAUUAUGGCAGCUUAUGGCAUUACUUACAUUAUUAUAUUUUUUAAAUAGUUUAAAAUAGAUAUUAUAGUGGCAUCCGUCCGUCACAAGAUGACGAUGGUGUAGACUUCGCAGAACGAAAUCCACACGGCCUGGGAUUAUUUUUCUAGGAUUAUAAGCUGGUUUCCAACAGCAAAUCACCACUCUCCACGCUGCUGGAUAACCCAACGGAACAUCAUGUGGAUGAAACAGCUAGGCAUCAGUGGCGUCGCAUGAGUUGUUGGAAUCUUUCAUUGUACCAAUAUUAUCUGCCUACGGGACUCCAUUUCUGGAUUUGAAUUCAGAGUUUCCUUCUCUUAGAUGAGUUACCAUCCAAGGUUAACGAAUCCCAUCCACCUGUGGUGCUGGUGAUGUUUUUGCUUGACUGGGCUUUGAUGAGGAUUAAACUCCAGACCAUCAACUUGAGAUUUGUUCAGUUUAGACCAUUCGGCCACUCAGCACCUAAGAUCAUUAUAACAACAACAAAAAAGAGCCCCACCCCAUCUAUCCUUCAUUGGUUUUAUUAACAUUCAAAGAUUUGCGGGAUGUUCACCACUCUGACCAUUGAGUAAGAUUAAUAAGAACAUGACUGACAUUGCUGACUAUAAAUCAUAAGACCAAAUACAGAAGAGUGAAAAUGAUUCAUUUGCCUGAUGAACAUAAAAUUUACACUGCAAAUUGAUGCAAGAUUAAGUUAAUGUGAAUGUAUUGAUCCAAAUAAAUAGAAAUGUUUUUAGAUUACACUGUACAUAUUCAUUUUCAGCACAUAAAUUAAUAUAUAUUUUAACAAGACACAUUUUUACAAUUAUAACAAUUUAAACACAAGGGAUCCAAAGUAUUUCUCUAGUUUAAAAAUGCUCCAUCAAUGAUCUUCCUUAGUGACAAUAACGACUUAAUUAGUGAUCAUUUAGAUUUGAUAACUGCUGGGGGAGCACUCUGGUCAAUUUGUAUAGACUUGGGAACAAAAGAAUUUUUAUAUAGUUUGGUCCAAACUUAAAGAAAAAAAAAAUCACCCUUAUCGAGCUGAUCUUAGGUAUCUGUUGGGAGGAGGGUAGGAUUCAUGAUUUAAAAAUUGUUUAGUUUUACAUCAGAAAUUUCUUCAAAUAGUUCAAGUGAAGGAUGCUAAGUUUGAAAUUGUUAAGAAAAAAAAUUUAGAAUGAAAAAAACCAAUGAUAUAUAUUUUCCAUUUUCAGGCAUAAUGAUGGGCAGAUGAAAGUAAUGUAUGUUGGUGGUCCAAAUCAGCGUAAGGAUUACCACAUUGAAGAAGGAGAGGAGGUAUAAUCAUGAAAUAUGUAACAAUUUCCGUUCUUUUCUCUCAUAAAAAUAGUUUGAACACUGCUUUGAGUAGAUCUCGUACAUAUUUGAUGGGGCCCUUACCAUCUUUUAAGUAAACACAAAAUGUUUGGGAGAAGUAAAACAUCACUAGAAAAUAAAGAUUGUAUCCGAGUGCUGGCUUUUUUAAACUUUUGGUGUAGUUUUGAUGCUAAGGAUUGCAUAGAGAAAGAUCAAUCCAGUGAACUACCAGUGUCAUUGAAAUAGCAGAUUAGUACAAAUAUUGUAGCAAAUGUUGAAGAUUUCAUGAUAAGCUAAGCAGUUUGUGCAUUCUACUGCUUUUACUUCAAAGGAGAGCUUUUUCCAUGUAAGUCACAAAGUUAUCAAUUAAACACGUAUGAAAUGUAUGUUACCUUCUUUUGUUUGUUACUCUGGCCAUCCAACAACUGAUGUUGACGUUUAGACAGACACUAGCAGGCUACUAUUUCGUAUUUGUUGUGUCUGGCUUCACUGAAGAUCUUUAAUGAUCCGUCCACAGCUGUUUUACAUGUUAAAGGGAGACAUGUGUUUGAAGGUUGUUGAACAUGGACAGCACAGAGACGUUGUGAUCAAUGAAGGAGAGGUAAAUAGUUAUAAUGUUCUAUUUGUCUAUGUUUGAAUCUGUUGAUGUAACGAGCGAAAAGGACUUGAAGACUAUUACCUUUUUUUUUUAAUGCAAAAGAUAUCACAUUUUCAACUCUCUCAUUUGACAUCACAUGUAAAUUGUCACUUGCACAUUUGUUGUAAAGAAAAUUUCAUGUCUAACAAUAUUUUUAUAUAGUCAUUUAAAGUCAUUUGCUUAGCUACUAAUACACUCAAGUUUAAAAGAAAAUUACUAUCAUAACUAUGAUAAAUCAUAACCAUACACACACAAAUUUAAAAAAAAAAUGUAUUAAAUGAUAAUGGUCUUAGGAGGACAUUCAUUUACGAAUUAGGAAAGAAAAUAGUUUUUAAAAAAUAUUUUAUUAAAUUAAAAUCCUUCUCCCCCCCCCCCCCCCCCCCCAAGAUAUUUUUGCUCCCAGGUAAAAUAGCCCACUCUCCACAACGCCAAGGAGACACCAUUGGGCUGGUGAUAGAGAGAGAGAGGGAUAACAGUGAGCUGGAUGGUCUAAGGUGAAGAUGGAAAAUUUAAGUGUAUUUAUAAAGUGCAGUCUGUUUUAAAUUAAAUGGAGUUGCUUUUUUUUUUUUUACCACGAAGAUUUAAUUUUAGUUAACCAAAGCAAGCAUAGACCAAAGUUACUUUAGUUUGCAAUAAAUUAUCUCAUUGAUAUUUAACAAUUUCAGAUAUUAUCAAGAGGUGGAUGGUGUGCCUACAGCAGAAUCUCUCUAUGAGGAAUGGUUCCACUGCACUGACCUAGGUACCCAGCUGGGUCCCGUCAUAAAAAGGUUACCUAUCACUUUGAUCAUCUUGGCAUUAGCUUCUCAUAAAUGUCAGCUCAAGCGUUGAGCUCACUCUGUCUAAUAAUUAAGUGCCGAUAUGAGCGGCACCAACGUCAGAAAUCAGGACGAAAAAUUUUAAAAGUUGCCAACAUCACAGUUGUAAAGUUAGUCAAAGCUCAGGAGUUUUCUUUCUUCAUUGCAGAUAUUUUGGCUCGGAGCAACAUAAAACAGGAAAACCAGUGCCUGGUAAUUAUGAUUAUCUUUUUAUCUAAAAUGCACAGUAAAUGUCCAAACAAAGAAAGAAAAAAAAGUACUCUGAAUUGUUUUAAAUAUUUUAAAAAAAAAAUUAUUAGGCCCAUGCAUUAAAAAUUUUUGUUAAAGAUUGUAACAUUCUGAAUGGUUUAUUUUCAUUCACGUAUCUGCGCUUAAAGAGUUUUAAUAAUGGAUCUGCAUCAUUUGUAAAACUCGAAUGACAAUUUUUGUGAACAGGGACCAUUCCAGAAAGCCCACCCAUCAUCCUUGACAGUGAAAUCAGCAUGCAGGACCCAUUCAACCUGCAUGUGUGGAUAGAACAGAACAGAAAAGAACUGGACAGCAAGGGCUUCGUCCAACUCUUUGGAGAUAACUUUCAGUUUUCUGUGAGUCCCCGUACUUAGUUUAAAAAUAAUAAUCUACAGAUUUUCUUCAAGUGUUCGCCAUGUACAUCAAAAGCAUUCAAACACAGAUGGAUGAAGAGAAUAUUGAAUGGUGUUGGUCACCGAACAAAUGAUUUUUAAUAAUACAAAAACAAAUUUAAGUUACUUAAUAAUUUUUCCAGUUCCUUCUUAUGUUAUCUUGAAGCAUGUGAUUCAUACAGCAGUAUACUGUUGGGUGUACACUAUCCAUCACAAAUGCUAAACAUCCAAGGGGUUUAUUACAGGUGAAGCUAUACGGAAAGGGAGAAAAUACUGGACUUUGUGACAAUGCAGAGACUUGGAUAUGGCAGAUGGUAAGAUACCCUUCUCAGAUGUUGUUUAAACUUUUCCUUUCUGAACUCCCUUGUCUUUUUAAAAAGGAAUUUUUCAAUUAUUUUCACCAUUUUUUACACCUCUUUAAGCUGUGCUUCCCAAACAGUUCGGUGAUGUGAAUAUGAACAAAAUGAUUGCAAACAAUGCUACUCUAUUCUAAGAGCAUGUAGAAGAUUAUUUUUCACUGCAGUGGAAACAGAGCUGAUACUUUUAUCUGUAGCAUGUCAGAAGGAGAUGCCUGUACUUUAAUUUUUAACAUGUCAGAAUGAGAUGCCUGUACUUGAAUUUUUAACAUGUCAGAAGGAGAUACUGGUAAAUGAGACCGAGUUUUUAUUUCCAAAUAACAAGUUACCCCACUUGCAAUCAAUAGGAGAAAAAUAUAAGGUAAUGGUUUUUAAAAAAAACACAAACUAUUUCUUUUACAUCAGGAAGGUGAGUCAGUUGUUACUCAAAAUGACAAGGAGUUCAAGCUUCAAAAAAAUGACUCGUUUCUGAUAAGAGUUGGGGAAAGGUAAAAAAAAAUAUUCCAACUAUUUUUUAAGCUGAAUGUCUUCUGCAGAUAUCAAAAUACAAAGCCCUAUAUCUGUUGUUUGUUUUUUUUUCAGUUACAGUGAUUUAUUGCUUAAUAAGAGUUUGAUAUAAUAAUCAUUCACCGCUUAUCUAUUAUGUACAUAGCCUUAACUAUCCUUAACUUAACACAUCUCUUAUUUUAUUUAAUAAAAUUAGGUAUAAAGCAGCUCGGCCAGAAGGGAGUAUUGCCUUGAUCUGCUACCAAGAUCCAUCUCGGAAAAAGUAAUAAAGAUGUGACCAAGAAAUUUACAAGUUCAUGUUAAAAUUGUUCAGAUGAUGUUCACUGUUAGUCCCUGUCAGUCAGCAAUGACAGCCUUCACUGUUUUGUUAAAUGAAGAAAUUAGAUGAAAAAUGAUUAUGAGUAAGUAUCAAGGGAUCUGUUGAUGAAGAUCACUAAUGUUUUCAGUCUUUGAAGAUUUUUGUGAAAACUUUAUUCUAAUGCAAAAUUUAACCAGCCAGCAUUUAUGCAAGAUUUAUGGCAUUUAUUUUUUUGAUGGUUUUGCUGCACCAUUUAUAUAAACUUAUCCAAAUGCAUUCUUGACACAUAUGUAAUUUUUUUGGUAUCAUUUUAUUCCAGUGUAUUUCAGGGAAAUUACAGCAUUUCUGUAAUGCAUCUGUAAUAUUGUUGUUUUUAAAUUUAAUUUUCAGUGUUGGUUUUUAUGUAACUAGUCCUUGGAUCUUGUGUGCAUAUUUCUAUGCCGUUAUUGUGUCCAUCAAUUUCUGGCUAAGGGAAGUACUUGUUUGUAAUCUUAUGCAUUUUAUUGCCCUAAAGUGAUACACUAUUUUCUUGAAAUAAUUUUUUGUUAUCAGUUACAUUGAAUGUUGGAAGAUAAAUAGUUAUUUUUAUCCAUUUGGAGAAAAAACAUGUAUUGAGAUGUGCCUUAUUCAAAUAUAUAAAUGAGGUGAAAUCCUCCCCUUGUUGAUACUUAGCUUUGUUACCACCUAAAUGCUUAUUAAUAACAACUUACACAUUAAUUAUAUAAUUAUGUAUUUUUUCAUAAUCCUAAAAGUUGUUAAGACAUACAAGCAGUCCCUGGGUUUGGGACUUUAGGGACAGCAUGCUAACAAACGGUCUCUAAGGGGCGUAUUCAUAAUUAGAUUAACUAUUCUGAUCUAGGAACUGAGUAAAACAAAUUAAGGUUAAACCUGAAAAAAAAAGGAACGCAACAGAACAACGAACAAAGAAAGGAAGACUUCAUCAGCGAACAACAGAAAAAAACAGAAUAAAAUUUGAAAAAAUAUGACUUAGUUGAGAAGUACUGGCACAGAAAGAGCGGAGAAGUAGUGGUGGGGGAGAUGUGUUAAACUUUUGAGUCACAUUCUUUUGCUGUCCUCUGGGAUACUACUUCUCAGCUAAGUGCCAUUUUUUUUCUAUUUUAUUCUGUUUUUUUCUGUUGUUUGUUAUUAUUUAUUAUAUUCUGGGAUAUAAAUAAGCAUAUUAUUUCUAUUAGUAGUAUAAGCCUAGUUUAAGUGAAGGAAAAAGCCCAUGCAUAAUAGUUCCUGUAACUUAUUUUCAGUGUGACUGCAUUAUUAGGUCAGUCCAUCAGAGAAACAUAUAAUUAUUUAUGUAUUCAUUGGGAUAACACACGAAUCAGACCUUAUAUUUUUAUCAAAAUGUAUCAAGUUUGUAACAUGCCUUGUAAAAUAGCAAUGAAUACGGAGAAAGUGAAUAAUUGUUAAAGUUACCAAUGAAAGAGUAUUUUAGGAUUAUAUAUCAAUUAACUUCACAAAAUAAUUCUUUAGGAGUAACAAAACAAUUCUACCAAGUUGUUUUUUUUCUUUUUCUCUCUUUCUGAAUCUUAUUUCUAUCAGUCCGGCAUGAGUAAUUUUUUUUUAAAUUUCAGGAGAGAAACUAACUUAAAAUAUCAUGAAAUUAGAAAAACUUUGGCUUUAAUAAUUAUGACUCAAUGUUUCAUCAUUUUUGUGAGUGUCAUUUCCUAAUGACCACAGAAUGAUUGCAUGUAACUAAUUAUUGGUUUUAAUGAAUGAAUUAUUGCAUUGAAACAUUAUUUUAUAAGGUUAGUUUUUAAAAUUAAUAAUUAGCUUAUAAUGUUAAUGUGAAUCUUUGUACAUUUCCCUAAUGAUCUUAUGAUAGGCCUACAUACCAUUAAAAAAAAUUAAUUAAUGAAAAAUUCCAAACAAAGUCAAACUUUCUUUUGAUUGUGCCUUGAAUAUUGUUUGCAUUUACAAAUGUAUUAUCCUAAUCUGUUGUGUAUACACUGUUACAUAUUAAAAUGUUUUUAGCCC